AUGGCCAGUGCAUCGGAGAUUUCUGUGCAGUUAAGAGAAAGCUUGAAAAAUGGGACUUUGACCCUGAGAGAUCUUGACAACAAGAAAAGGGGGUCGUCCAGAAGCAAGAGAAGACGCGGUAAGAAGGAAGAUAAGGGGACGGCAUCAAAUGUAAGGGAUUCAGGGAGUGCGGGUCAGGAAUUACUGACACAGGAAGGUGCGCAAGAAAUGAGAAAAAACUGUCGGAGGUCCUCCAAGUAUCCAAAACGAAGUAUCGAGCUAAAGAACAGUGACAUAUCCGACAGUCAGAACAGCCAAGACGCUGAAAUGAUAGUGUGCAGUCUGCUGGACGUCAUCAUUGACGAAGCUUACAGACACUGUGCUGCUAUUGAACAUAGUAUCACUAAAGACCAUGCUGACGCCUUGGUUGUUGGACUGAUGUCAGCCUUUAAUGAGACAACAAUAGUCAAAUGUAAGGCACUCCAACAACAAACAAGACAAAUACAAGAGUUGAUGCUCAGCGCAGCAGAAGAAACUCUGGCUGACCUGUUUAUUAUUGCAGCUCAUGGUGGUUUGCCUGUGUAA